AAGCGGCACUUGGAAUUUCGUCACGUUUUGUCACAUUACGCCUGAACCGAGCUGAUCACGCCACGCUGCAAUGAUUCCAAGGAUAUCUACCUUCAUUCUCGUUUGCAAUUUGAUUCCCUGGGUAAACCCCUACUUACUAGGAGGCGACCCCCUGAACACCAGAGCAUCGUAUUGCCGCAUAUGUGACGACAAUGACCCCAGCAAUACGUGCAAGAUGCAUAGAGACGACAGCCGUGCAUCCACCAUAUGUACAGUUGAUAAAGGGGCCCCGUUUUGUAUGAAUACAAUAACAGCAGAUGGUGGCGGUGUCAAAAUAACAAAACAAUGUGCCACCAGAUACACCUGCCACAACCUUUGGUGGGAGAGAACAAGUCAAAAUUCAGCCUGCAGCCAAUCAGCUGUCGGAUCUGGUCACCUAGCAACAGGAACCACGUGCAGCAUAUGCUGCGCGGGAAGACACUGUAAUGAUGACAACUGGCCAACAGAUCUGCUCCAGUUUCCUGACACUGUUGUCGUAGCCCCCAAAACCACUGCUGCAACGACAACAGCGCCAACAACUUCAACGUCAGCGCCAACAUCAACAACACCAAAGCCAACAUCUACAACACCGAAGCCAACGUCAACAACAAAGCUGACAACAACACGUCUACCAUUUAUCCUGCAUCAUCCCGUGACGACAUACCACCCCCACUACCACCACCGGACUACCCAUGGGGUACACCACCACACUCCACUUCCAAGCGCGACGGUGUGUAUGCAGUGCGUGGAGGAUCCCAGCAAGGGCUUGCACUGUGACCCUGGACAUCAGACCCAUGUCUGUGGGGGCAGCACUCCCUACUGUAUGACGUCAUAUUACAGUCAGGGUAGCUCGUACAGGAUUGAAAAGAGCUGCGCAGACCGUAGCGAGUGCUAUCAACUUUGGUGGCAGAAAACAUCCACAAAUCAGGAGUGUUUCCGGGAUGACCUUUUGACCUCUACCGGAAGUCGACCCUCUUCCUGUCACUACUGCUGCCGGGCCGUGGGCGUCAGCGCGUACUGCAACAAACUCCCGACACUGGUACCUUCGCAUCUGGUGAUGUUUGCUGCCCUGCCCACAGUACCACAGACAUCCCCUACGGCAACAAGACCUUCUACAGCUACAACUACCGCAACAACACCUUCUACAACUACGACAACAACACCUACACCUGUAACUACUACAACAACACCUUCUACAGCUGCAACAUCGCCUUCUACAGCGAGCACAACUAAGAGCACAUCUGAAGCCACGUCGACGUCACCUUCAACACUGACAUCUGCUGGAACAACAUCAUCAACAGGAAAGAAUCGGUGUCAGGUAUGUGUGGAUGACGGAGUGACGACGUGUGACGUCACAGAUUUGGCUGACUGCCCGGAUGACAAGCCUUUCUGCAUGAACACACUGGAGGUUGACGGGAAGGGGAACAGGGUUGUCACUAAACAGUGUGUUAGUGACACGGUGUGUUACUCGGACUGGUGGCUCCAGACUCGAACCCAGACUAUGUGUAUGGGCAACCUGACCAACAUUCCCGCCAGUAGCCACGGGCUGCUCUGCAAGUGGUGCUGUAAUGACACGUCACCAGGGACGACCUGCAACAGCAACGUCAAACCAGACAACCUCGUGCAGUACGCCAUCCCAACAACAUCGCCUUCUACAACCACGACAUCAACAACAACAACCACCACCACAACGACGACGCCUAAAUUAGUGAACCGUUGUCAGGUAUGUGUGGAUGAUGGAGUGACGACAUGUGACGUCACAGAUUUCGCUGACUGCCCGGAUGACAGACCCUUCUGUAUGAACACACUGGAGGUUGACGGGAAGGGGAACAGGGUUGUUAGAAAAGAGUGUGUAAGUGACACGGUGUGUUACUCGGACUGGUGGCUCCAGACUCGAACCCAGACUGUGUGUAUGACCAACCUCACCAACAUACACGCCAGUAGCCACGGCCUGCUCUGCAAAUGGUGCUGCAACGAUACGUCUUCAGGCACGUCCUGCAACAGUGACGUUCAACCACACAACCUCGUACAGUACGACAUCACCACAACAGCUACAACGCCAGUGUCUACAACACACACAACUACUACAGUGCCAUCAACGUCAACAGUGUCAUCAACGUCUACAGUGCCAGCAACGUCUACAGUGCCAUCAACGUCUACAGUGCCAUCAACGUCAACAGUGCCAUCAACGUCUACAGUGCCAUCAACAUCGAAAACGAUGACAACAACUACGCAAAAAUUAGUGAAGAACCGGUGUCAGGUAUGUGUGGAUGACGGAGUGACGACAUGUGACGUCACAGAUUUCGCUGAGUGCCCGGAUGACAAGCCUUUCUGCAUGAACACACUGGAGGUUGACGGGAAGGGGAACAAGGCUGUCACUAAACAAUGUGUAAGUGACACUGUGUGCUACUCGGACUGGUGGAUCCAGACUCGAACCCAGACUGAGUGCAUGGCCAACCUCACCAAUAUACACCCUAGUAGCCACGGGCUGCUCUGCAGAUGGUGUUGUAACAACACGUCUCCGGCCACACCCUGUAACGAGAACACCACACCAUCCAACCUCGCUCAGUACGACAUCAUCACGACAACAGCAACGUCUCCAACGCCAUCGGCAAGUAGUUUCACUGCGUCUCCAUCUCCAACACCAAGUAGGUUCAUCAAUACAGCUUCUACAACACCGUCCACUACGGCGACAUCCAGUAAUUCCUUCAACACAACGUCUGCGGUACCGUCCACUACGGCGACAUCCAGUAAUUCCUUCAACACAACGUCUGCGGUACCGUCCACUACGGCGACAUCCAGUAAUCCCUUCAACACAACGUCUGCGGUACCGUCCACUACGGCGACAUCCAGUAAUUCCUUCAACACAACGUCUGCGGUACCGUCCACUACGGCGACAUCCAGUAAUCCCUUCAACACAACGUCUGCGGUACCGUCCACUACGGCGACAUCCAGUAAUCCCUUCAACACAACGUCGACGGUACCGUCUACUACGGCGACUGCUUCAACAAGUGUGACAGCAGCGACUACAUCAACGUCCUCGGCUAAGCCAACAUCAAGUGGCAAAGGUCCAACAACGUGCUGGGACUGCAGCAAUGGCUGCCCCUUCAUUCAGCACCCCAUGACGUGUACAUCCGGGUACUGUCUGACGACGGUCACAGACGACAUCCAGUACACCAGGACAAUCAGGAAGAGCUGUGUUGACGAGGCCACCUGCUACAGCAAGUGGUGGCUGCAGACAUCAGACACGGAUCUGUGUCUGAACAUGCUGGACCACACGUCUGCCCCAUCCGGCGCCAGCAUCAUUUGCAGCUUCUGCUGCGACUCCGACAACUGCAACCAGGGCGACUUCCCACCUAAAAAUACACUGUUUGAUGGGAAACACAGCCAGUUUGGAUAGUUCUCUCUGAAGACGGGUGUGUGGGCAUCGAGGUUAUAAUUAGCAGAUACUGACUGUGUACUGUACUGCAUGGAUAUGUCGUUAAUAAAAAUGCCAUUGUUA